AUGAAGACUCUUACAGUAGCGCCUCUGUGUGUUUUGGUGAUUCUCUGUCUGUGCUCGGGCUCAGAGGCGUCCAGCGCCCUCGAUCUCCUGCGCGAAACUGCUGUGAGUAGGGAGGGGAGACUUCCCUGUGGUGGAUGGGACUGUGAAUGUGCAUUCAGGAGACAGCAGGGGUGCUGCUGUGCGGCGAAGCCCCUUUUUGACCUGGAGGAGGCCACAUUCAUGCGCAUGGUCGGUUUGUGGGACGGACUUUCUCACCUUAACAACCAAAUACAGGAAGUCACAGCUGGAUCAAGAAUAGCAUUCACUGCUACAAUGCUGCCAAGGGCCGGGUGUCUCGGGCCCUUCACCAGCAACAUGUCAAUUUCUUACCAGUCCGUCUCACUCAAUCAAGGCAGUGGAUACAAUCCCGCAUUGGGUACAUUCACAGCCCCGCACGCUGGUCUCUACUCUUUCUCCUUCACCGCUUAUUCCAGAGUGGGCGAUGCAGAUCGGCUUUACCAGAAGGUGCAGCUGGUAAUGAACGGCCAGGUGAUCGCUUCGUCCUGGGAAGACAACCGCGAGGAUUCGGAAGACAGCAGUACUCAGAGUGUGCUUCUCCAGCUCCGGCGUGGCUGUCAGGUUUAUGUUGAGCUGCUCUCAGGCAGACAGCUGUGUGGAGACGCCCAGGGCAACAAUGCUUUCAGUGGAUACAUGCUUUAUCCCUCCACUGAGGUAUAA